AUGCAUCUGAUGAUUCAAGAACCAUCUAAUUAGGAAAGAUUUUAAACAGUUGAACCAGUGAAAAUGGGGUAAAUUAACCAACAGAGUCAGAAGAAAAAUUAUUUGCAACAUGUGCUAGUAACUCUGGCAGUCAAGAACAAAGUCAUUCAGGCAGUCCAUGACUCCCAAGUGUGUGAGUUGUUCAGUAAGCCUGGUCGCCUCGAUAGUCAGCUCCUAAGCUAGGCAGUCUUUCAAGCACUCAGACAGUAAGUCAGUUGUACAGUUAGUCAGCCAGAUCAGUGAGUUAGACCCUUAGUCCUUCGCUCGGUGACUUAGUCGUAUCACUCGGGCGGUAUGAUGGCCUGAUCCUGGCAGGCAGGAGGCGACUUCACCCCAGUCCGCUCUCCUCACCUGUUUCGGAUUCCACACGACGAGAACAUGUAACAGCUUGUAGCAGUGCUGGGUGGAGUUUGCAUAGCUCUUUUGGCUAUGAGGCCUAUGUGUGAUCUUUCCAUUAGUGAAAAUGACCGAUCAACUCUCUCUAAAAGCUUUGCAUAUCAUCAUGGUUGGCGAGCACUUGAGAAGCCGGUUGCACAGCGAAGAAGAACCUCCAAUGAUCCGAGACCGGCGUUAUCACCUCCGUAUGUACCCUUGCUGUUUUGUGGGUCGAGACGUUGUUGACUGGUUGAUAAAAAAUGGUGACGCUAACAGUCGUGCAGGAGCUGUACAAUGCAUGGAUAUUCUUUUGGAAAAUGGAGUAAUCCAUCACGUUGUCGAUGACCAUCGUUUCAAAGAUGAGAUGUUGUUUUACAGAUUUCGAAGAGAUGACAAUACAGCUGUGAAAAACUCUGACCUUGAAGUGAUAUUUAAGGGUUGUGAUAUUUACUACAGGGCAAAGAAUGAUGACAGCCACCUAAUCAAGUCACAUCCUUGUCAUGACUUUGUUUAUAGGAAUUGUUUCACAGGAUGCGAGCUGGUAGACUGGUUAAAACAAAAGAAUGAAGUUCCUGACAGAACACAUGGAGUUGUGCUUGGAAGAAAGCUGUUAGACCAAGGAAUUAUUAAGCAUGUUACGGACGAAUUUCACUUCCGCGAUGAAAACAUUUUUUAUCAGUUUAUGAUUGACAAAGUAGUAAACAAGAAAAUGGUAGAUGCUUUGGGAAUUGUUGACAAUAAGCAACCAGGCUCACCAAGAAAUUUCCGAAGAAGGAAUCUUCCUCCUCUGAACACACAAAGGUCCAGCCCAGUUCCUUUUGCAAAAGAAAGACCAGGAUUGGAUGAACAAUUUGAUUAUGAAAGAUCUCCAGACAGUCCAGUUUUUUUUCCCUCAAGUGGUAGUCCACGCCAAUCUCCCAGACCAGUUAUUGUCAGAGAAAUAACUACAAGAGAAUUAAUGGAUCCAGAAGGACCUUAUGUCAUGAAAAAUAUAAGUGUUAAGAGUGACGCAGUUGGUUUUGGCUUUGUUGUUCGAGGCUCCAGUCCUGUCUAUGUACAAACAGUUGAUCCUAAUGGUCCUGGAGCUGCUGCGGGUUUGAAGGUACGAAUGUUUUUAAAAUCAGUUAAUGGCAAAGAUGUCCUCUACUGGAACCACAGACAAGUGUCUCAGGAGAUUCUGAGAGGACAGAAUAUCGUGAACUUAGUUGUUAUGACCCAUUUUAAGGGUGUAAAGUAGAUGCUAUUUGACCUGACUCGAAUAACCUGUAAGUACACCCUCAUUAAUAGUGCUUCAGUAAGAGUUUUUUUCACCCUUGAGCAAUUUUAGCCCAGGAGAGGUCAUACAUUUAGUACCAGAUUACUUGCAGACCUCUCAUGCGGCAGCACUAAUAUUGAGGGCCUGCUUCAACCCUUCUACACCCUAACAUCAGUAUGCAUAGUCUCUAUACUGUUCUCCAUAUAUAUCCUAAGGUUUUGAUAAGGAGAAUUUGUUUAACAAUCAAGAUGUUCAUGACCUCAAUGUUUGAUUCAGGGCUGAAAUUGCAGGAAGAAUUGAUACACUAGUCACUCUUAAGUGUUUAAGGGUCAAAGCUAUGACACCACUCACCCCCCCUCCCCAUAUUACAAUGAACAAAACAGCUAUAACUACUGACUGCUUUCAUUGAGUGUUUCUUUUACAGACUAUGGACUGAAUCAGUUUUAUUCUACAGAGGUGAUGUUGAUGUGAAUGUUACCUGGUACAUAUCACAGCUCAUAAUUUGUUAAUAGUGAUUUUUAUACAAGAAAAACCAGAUGAUUAAUUUAUGAAAACAAGAAUUUUAUUACAUUUAUAUGAAAAUUUGA